GUUUUUGGGCAGGUUCUCCCUCGUGAAGUGAAGAUAUGGCACGGUUUGGAUCAUCAAAAUGUCGUAAAAUUUAUCGGUUGGACCUCGAGGGUCUGUGAAGAUACAUUGACAGUGUGCUUGGUAUCGGCUUGGUGUGAUGGUGGGAAUGUCAAGGAAUACCUUAGGAACCACGAGGGGGCGAAUCGACGAAGAUUGGUUUGCGAUGUUGGUCGGGGAUUAGUCUACCUGCAUUUCAAGCACAUCAUCCAUGGUGAUAUUAAACCUGAAAAUAUCGUUGUCUCGUAUGCGGCAGGGGGCGGUGUCGUCGCGCUGCUGUGUGAUUUCGGAUUAUCCUCCAUCCUCAGCGAUAUAACAACACAUCCGCACAUAUCAAGCAUUACUGGCACGCUCCGAUAUGCACCACCCGAAUUAUUCAGCGUCACUUCGAUGCAACGAAAUGAGGCCAGCGAUAUCUGGGCCUUUGGGUGUACGGCGACCGAGGUAGGCCCUCCACUUGUUGACCCCAAACAAUUCCACUUACCCAAACACAGAUCCUCACCGACCAACUCCCUUAUAACCGGGUAA